AUGUCGUAUAAAGCCCAAGCUCCGGUAUACAACACCGACAACGGCGAAAAGCCACCUCCAUCGAUCGAAGACGAGAGAAUUAGCCCCCAAACUUUCUACAAGCUAGCUGCUCUUGCUUUAGAACCUGAAUCUGAAUCUGAAUCUGAAUCUGACUUUGAAUCUGACCCUGAGAUUGAGGAGUAUGAAGCUUAUCAGAAACCAUAUUAUGAUUACAGACAUGAAGAGAGAUCUCGUGCGAGAUCUCCAUCUCCUGAGCCUGUUUAUCGGCAAUCGAGCUCCAAAUAUUAUAGGGAUGAUCAUAGACCACAAACUACUUAUGAAAGAGAAGAGUACCGCAGACUAACAGUUCCUCAUCCAGAUCCAACUGCAGAAUAUCGUGCCCGAAAGCGAGCCGAGCGAGCUGCUCGAGCUACCCAGUAUGAUGAACCUCAACCAUCUCACUAUAGCCGCAGAGCUACUUCCCCUGAGAGAAAAGAUUAUCGCAGAGAUAGAGAAGAGUAUCGCAGACCUCAUGUUCCUGAUCCACCCCAAUAUCAAUACUACAGCCCCAGAGGACGAUCACCAUCUCCUCCUCCCACACGGCCAGUAUAUCAACCAGAAUCUUCUUCAUCCUCAUACUCAUCCUCUAGUGGCACACGUGCUGAGAAAUUAAGGAGGAUGGAAGAAGAACGAGAAAACCGAGAAAGAAUUAGAGAGGAGAUUCGAGCAAAGCAAGAACUCAGAAAGGAAAGGCUUGGUAAGUUUUAA